AAGGCUGUUUGGGAAAUGUUUGGGUAGCUCGGAGCUCAUUCUCUGUCUAGACGUUCACCUGAAAACAUCUCUGUGAAAGAAGUGUUCCGAAAUUUGUUGUAGUUUCCAAAUUUAACACGCUGUUUUGUCCGUUUUGCCGAGAAAAUCUGAAAUAUUUUUAAAAUAGAACCAACAAAUAGCCAUGGAAGGAUACUACAGUGGCAACGGUUAUGGCAACGUCUAUUCUCAGAUGACAAUGAAGGGGAACGGCUACGGCUACUGCUCCUCUGGGAAUUGCAAUAACGGAAGCUGCUCCAACGGAAGCUGCACCAACGGAAGCUGCUCCAACGGAAGCUGCACCAACGGAAACUGCUCCAACGGAAGCUGCUCUAUUGGAAGCUGCUCCAACGGAAGCUGCUCUUCCGGCAGGUGCCAGCGCAUGGCGGCAGGAAGUCAAUACGGUGGCUACUGUUACGGAGGCAAAUGCUUUCCCGGCAGACGCGGUGGCUCGGGAAGAUCAGGUAGACCAGCGUGGACCAGCUGAUCUUCUCGGAUCCACCACACGAGCUGCUCACCCUGCAGCCUGCAAGCGGGGCAGUUUUUAAAGGACUAAUGAAAAAUUUAAGUCACACAUCUACAAAUAUUCCGUCGAGGCGCAAGAGCGAGGCGACUGGCAAAACAGCGGCGUUUCAAAUUUGAACUACACGUUUCAACCCUGUAAACACAAAAAAAAAACCAUAUCCAUGCAUACGAAUGUUUAUAGACUUGAUAAUAAUAAUUUGAAAAAAGUUUA